AUGUCGAUCAUCGGCGAAGAAUACAAGAACGUUGCUACGCUGGGCAUGAGUGCCUAUGCUGCGCCCUCGCUUUUCCAACCUCACAAGGCUCGCCAGGCCAUCCGGGAUGCUCACAAGAAGAAGAUCCCCCCAUUGAUGUGCUACUAUGCUGGCCUCAGCGCUAUUCCCCUGACGCGGUUUCUCGCUCCCAUGGGAUACGAUGCCGUCUGGAUUGACUGGGAGCAUACCGCCUGCAACGUCGAAACCAUGACGACGAUGGUCCAUGAAGCCAUCUUCAUGAGCCAAGGGCGCACCAUUCCUUGGGUCCGUGUCCCUGGCCACGACCACGCGGCCAUUGGAUACGCGCUGGAUGCUGGCGCCAGCAUCGUGAUCCCGCAGGUUGAGACGGUGGAGGAGGCCAAGCACGUCAUGUCGUCGGCUAAGUACGGCACCAAGCAGCGGGGCACGCGGUCGGCGCCACCGUUCCGCCUCAUCCCCUUCCUGACCGACACGCCGUACGACCCCAGCCGUGACCUGCAUAAGUGCCUCAACGACCAGGCGGCCGUCAUGAUCCAGAUCGAGUCUGCCGAGGGCGUGCGCAACCUCGACGCGAUCCUCACCGAGUGCCCGGACAUCGACGUUGUCUGGUUCGGCACGCUCGACUGCCGCGUCAGCAUGAACCUCGAAGGCAGGAUGGGCGGGAUGGGCGCUGAAGAGCCCGAGUGGCUCGCCAUCUCUAAGAUCUUCUUCGACACGAUAGACAAGCACGACAAGCCGUACGCCGGUUUCGCGUUCGGCGCGCCGCCGUACGGCAGCCCCGAGAAGAUUAAGGAAGCGGCCAAGAGAAUGAGCCUCAUCGCCGUAUCAGCCGACGUACUCCAUCUCGGCGCGCUGGCGGAGGACCUCAAAGUUGCUAGAGAGGCGGUCGGGCCGGUGGGACAGAAGAUCGGCAUCAAUGGGGCUAACGGAAAUGACACCGAGACGACGAAUGGUAAGGAGUAA